AUGGAUGUGUCCACUGCAAAGAAAAUCAGCAGCUUGUGGAGUUCAUUCAAGGGAUGGUCACGGAACAGAUCCGACGACCGCAGCCCAAUCCUUACCUCAGCCCCUCUAGAAGGAGAAAGCUACACAAUGGAAGAUGUCUUCCGGGUCGCAGAGGAACUGCAGUCCAUGGAUCCUCCUGGCUCUAGUCCCUGCCCUGAGACGGGCAUCCAGGAACCGAUAAUCCCUGUGAGACGAAGACGUCGCGGGUCCUUCAUUGAGAUUGAGAGGAGGAUAACGUUGCUGUGGAGUGACGUAUGGGUGGAGACAAAGGUGAAGAGGAGGGGGAAGAUUUGCGAGACGAUAUGCGGGAGGCGGGAGGAGCAACCCAAGGUGAUACUGAGAGGAGUGAGUGGUUUUGCAAGGCCAGGGAAUCUAAUUGCUGUUAUGGGAGCAAGUGGUGCUGGCAAAUCAACCUUGAUGAAUGUCCUGACCCAGCACAAUCUUGGCAGCCUGGAGGUCAGGGGUCAGGUGUCAGUGACGGACUCCAUUGAAAUACUGCCCUGUGUUGGUGAGGUAUCAACAUACAUCCAGCAGGAGGAUGUGUUUGUUGGGUCUCUCACUGUCAGAGAGCACCUCUUACUGCAGGCAAAACUGAGGAUGUCGAGGGAAAUCAGUUUGGAAAGGAAGAUGGAGCGUGUUGAAGAUAUCCUUGAGCAGCUUUCAUUGGUGAAAUGUGCAGAUGCGCGGAUAGGAAAUCCAACAACUUCAGAUGGAAUAUCAGCAGGGGAGAGGAAGCGUCUGUCAUUUGCAUCAGAGCUUCUGACAAACCCUCCACUCCUAUUCUGCGACGAACCUACAUCUGGUCUAGAUUCCUACAUGUCCCAGAUACUAAUCAGUAUGCUACGUCAGCUUGCCCUAGAGGGCCACACUAUUCUGUGCUCAAUUCAUCAACCAUCAUCUGAUGUGUACUCAAUGUUUGACCGCUUGAUCCUGAUGGCUGAUGGGCGAUGUGCUUACCAAGGAGAUAUAGACAAGGCGGUAGAGUACUUUGCUAGACUUGGCUACCAGUCCCCUGAUGAUUACUGCCCGGCUGAUUUCUUCAUUGAUACGCUCUCCAUCAGACCUGGUGAUGAAGAAAACUGUAAUAGGAAAGUUGAUGUUCUCUGUGAUGCAUUUUCCUGUAGUGCCGAAGCCAGAGUCAUCCAAGCCACUAUAGAAGAGGAAUACUUUCAAGCCAGAACGGAAUAUGAAUCCAGUGAUGAUAUCCCAUCAAGAACUAGGUCCUCCAAAGCCUCUUACUGGCAGCAGUUCUCUCUUCUUCUCUGGCGAUGUGCCAUAGAUGUCUUCCGUGAACCAUCACUGCUAAAGUCUUAUCUGGUAACAUCCAUUGGUCUUGGAGUCUUCUUAGGCCUUCUGUACUUGAAUCAACCUUACAAUCAGUCCUCAAUCCAGAACAUCAACGGAUUUCUCUUCCUGCUCGUUGUGCAGAUUAGUACCACCACGCCGGCCAGAGUUGCUGCCGUCAUACCCAAUGAGCUUCCACUCAUUGUCAGGGAACACCGCGGUGGAACGUACUCAUCAGCUUGCUACUUCUUGGCAAGGGUUUUCAUUGAGGUAGUCACUCAUGUUUCACAGAGCCUAAUCACAAUUGGAAUCGCAUACUAUAUGAUUGGGCUGAACAGGAAUAUUUUUUGCUUCCUUGUUGCCGUGGGAACCACUGCCUUGAUGACAAUCACAGCUGUCAGCUUUGGUGUGUUUCUUUCAGUGGCCAGCCCAACCUCCGAGAUUGCUCUCAAUCUGAUGAUUCCAAUCUUCUUCCUCUUUACAUUGUUCGGAGGCUUCUACAUGAAUCCACUAACCACACCAGUCUAUUUCAUCUGGGUCCGGUUUGUGAGUUGGUACCCGGCUGUUUUUGAGAUUCUGCAGGUGAACCAAUGGGCUACCAUCGAAAAUUUAGAUUGUGAGCUAAACAGCACCCUUCCCUGCCUUGAAAAUGGAGAGCAGGUUUUGGACAAAUAUGGCUAUGAUCAGGAUAACUUUGUCCUGGAUGUGUUGUUGGUGGUUCUGAUGACCUUGGGGUACCUGAUGCUGGGUGGCAUUGUGAUCAGGAUGCGGUUGAGAGGGGAGAGGUGAAAAUGACAAAAGCAGAAGUUUGGUGGGAAUACGUGCAGACAAUAUUGCCAUUAAGACCAUAUCAACAAGGCAGAAAUGUUUCCCUUUGUGAUUGUUGUUUUUAUAUUCGGCAUUUUAAAGUGCAGUUGUUCCUGAUCAGAUUCAAUUUAUGAAUGAAUAACUUGGAACUGGCAAAUUAUCUGUAGUACAGCAGUCGAAUACCUUUCAAUGAAGCGGAAUCUUUUUUUUUAAAGAUAGCGAGCGAAUUCUACUUGGAUGGGAACAGCCGGUCAGUAAAUUAUUUAUUUCUGGUGACUUCAGUUGGUAAAAAUAAAAUUAAAAAAAAUGCUUUAGUGUUAAGUAUAAUUGGACCUUUUUUUCGGAAUUAAGCAUCCUGAAGACAUUUUCUCGGCUAAAAAUAGUUGGCAAUUUUGUUUCGUUUUAAUUUCGAAGAAAAUCGGAUUUUACGGUGACUGUUUCCUCAGAUAUGCAGUAUCCAUAUCCGAAUGGACCCUUCAUUGAUGCAAAACAAAAUAAUUUAAAACUAUACAAGCGUGAAAAAGGAUGUGUUUACAGGAUAUUAUACAGUUUCCAAACCAAGGCCAGAAUAAAACCAGGACAAAAUGUGCUCCAACUUCCGGUUAAGGCCAAUGACAUGUUGCUCAUCGUGAAAAUGUUACUAUUCUUAGUUCCCUUUAUGUUCAAGUUUGAUUUUUCAAAUACGAAUCAUGUCCUCCAUUGAAUUUCGCCACAGGGCAAAUGUCUUUCAUGCAUCUUUUUUUUAAAGUUUGUAUGUUAUUUUGCUGAACUUUUGUUGUUGUUUUCGCAAUUUGUUAAGCAAAGUUUUAACAAUUCCUUCUUUUUUUUUGAAAGCGGGGUUAACUUGUUUGCUGCAGUUUCUGCUAAAGCAUAGAUUUAUUUGUAAAGAAAAAAUAAAGAAACCAAAAGUGUUGUUUUUAUUUUUAUUUAGAAUUAGGUCUCAGAUUUUGAGGGUCCACUUUGUGCUAAUGUGUUUUAGAAAUGACGCGAUCGGAGAAAGUCUAAUCCUCAAGUCACGCGAGAUGUGUCACGACGUGGGUGACGCAAGACGUUGUGUGACGUAAGAAAACGAUUCGGUGUCUCAACAGAUAUCUGGGAAGAAGCAUACAAACAACCGCAGGGAAAAAUAUGUUUCCGGAUGAGAUUUCUAGAUCUCUUACCCCGAUAAGAUAGUGAGUCAGACAGAAGCCUAAAUCCUGGCAAAACACCGUACCAUUUAUUAGUCUUGCCUCUGGUAGAGUCAACAAGUGAGAAAACACGAGGCAAUUAACAAGAAGGGAGAGGACAUGUUUUUAUUACGGGCACUGGAGCUGCUUCUGUACUCCGACAAAAAUAGUUAUUCCCCUUAAUCGCGGAAGAAGUAGUUAAUGAUACAUCUUGUGCCAUUUCAAUCAGACUAAGAUAUUUGUGUUUACCAUGAUCUUCCGAGGGGUGUUGGCAUGGAUUACGGAAGUGAAAAUGAAACAAACAACGUUGAGAGUUCGAGCGAUCUGUACUUGUUGUUGAACUCAUUUCGUUCAGUGAAGUUUUUUUAGUCAAAUAUUGUUUUGGAAAUAAAGUUAUGUUGAUAUAUAUAUUCAAAAUAGGAUCAGUAAAGUUAAAUUUAUUUAAAAUAAAUCAUUUGAAUUCGUGGGAUGCAGAACUUUAGAUAAAUAUAAAGGAAACAAUUGAUGAUUGCUUGUUGUACUAUGUCAAGUUAGCUAGUGUCCGUGUAGGCGUAUAUGACUGCCGAGGAAAUGCAAUUAUUCACUGUCACGCAUUUGUCACUGUAUUAAUAGCACAAUCAUCUCGCGUGUUGUAAGGCGUUAGGAUAUUCGUCUUUUCAUCUUUAAGGCGCGAAGAUACGUCUCCUUGCUCUUCGAUUUGAAAGUUCAGAUGUCAUGACAGACCGUUCAUCGAACGCUAUCAGAAAUAAAUAUUUCAUAGAACGGAAUUACAAAUACAUAUUUAAUAACGGAGUUAAUCAGAAAAUAUCCAAACAAGCGCCUGUAUGACAAAUUUAUUUUGAUUUGGUAUGAGAAUUUUUGAGUUAUGAAAGAUGCCUUGUUGCCCGUUUCUAUUGCAUAUUUUGCCGGAUUGGUAAACUUUAGCAGUGUCAGUGAGUUAUAACAUUUACUUUAUAAAGUAAAGUUUGUUUGUUUAUUAAAGUGGAAUUAAUUUAUUAUUGAGAAUUAAAAUGUUAUGACCGGAUUGAGGGCCGGAGAAAACAUC